CACAACUUGUUCUGCGGUGGAGCAAACCACGGAAAGGGAAGCAUGGGGGGGAAGUUGGGGUGGGGCGAUAUAUUCAUAGCGGAUGAAACUAAUCGAACUAUGUUAUAAAAGGGGGUUAAAGUUAGGCUCACUUGGGGAGGGAGGCAGACAUUACUAUUCGAAAACUGACAGGGGGUGGGGCUUGGAUCUAACUAUGAUGUGAAAGGAGAGUUAUGGUGUGGUGCCCGGUUCUCUGAACGGAACUCUUGCUUGUAACGAGGGGAAGGGUGUGUGCCUGUGGGUGGUACUGUUGUGAUUGGUGCGUGUGCAUGUGCACCUGUGUGUAUCUCCUAUCUAUUUGGGUGAUUCCGCUGAAUUAGGUGGAGGGAAAAGAACAGAAGAACGAAGGGUGGAGCAAAGGUGGUACUGUUGUGGACGGUUUUUAUUGGGGGCGGAGGGCAGAGGGAUACGGCUGACUUAAUUGCACUGGGACUGAUCUAGGUGGAAACGGGAGGGCUGGAUGGUACCAUUUUGGGGGAUUUAUAGGGAGAAUUAAAGAAGUACCUCGGAUUCGGAUGACAUUCAACUGCGGUUGAGCGGAGAAGAAUAGAAGCGGUGCCUUUAACGGCCCACUGUAAUCUGAAGGUCGGGAAAAAGGCAAGAAGAAGCACCACUUCAAGUUUUAAAAGGUGGCAUCAGUGGUGGUACCAAUGAGAGGUUGGUUCUAGUGGUACCUUGCAAGGAGGUGUCAAAUCUAACCAGCCUAGGUACCCAUUGGUGCCAUUUUGAGCUGGCACAAGUCCUAUCCACAAAGAGUGAGGAGGGGAGAGUGCCUUGAGUACUGAAGGAGCAGAAAUCUGGGCCUUUUCUUGGAGAGCAUUUUGACAUGACUGCCCAGGUUGGAGGGGCCCAAGGAGAGGCAUGAAAAAACUCUGCUUUUAGGAGGAGGCCAAUAUUUGUUCUAGCAGCCCCAGGGACACACUCUCUGCCAUGGCUUCAAACUGUACCGGAGGCACAGCAGCUGCAAGCGCCAGCUCAGCUAUAGGUGCUGCCCUCAGUGCUUCCAAGACCAAGACAAAGAAGAAGCAUUUCGUUUGCCAGAAAGUGAAACUCUUUCGAGCCUCUGAACCGCUCCUGAGUGUCCUUAUGUGGGGAGUCAACCACACGAUUAAUGAGUUGAGUAAUGUCCCUGUCCCUGUUAUGUUAAUGCCAGAUGACUUUAAAGCCUACAGCAAGAUUAAAGUGGACAAUCAUCUUUUCAAUAAAGAGAAUCUCCCAAGCCGCUUCAAAUUUAAGGAGUAUUGUCCAAUGGUAUUCCGAAAUCUGCGGGAAAGAUUUGGGAUUGAUGAUCAGGACUAUCAGAAUUCUGUGACCCGGAGUGCUCCAGUAUACAAUGAUAGCCACGGGCGAUGUGGAGUUCGCUUCCUUACCACCUAUGACCGGCGGUUUGUCAUCAAGGCAGUGUCAAGUGAAGAUGUUGCAGAGAUGCACAACAUUCUAAAGAAAUACCAUCAGUUCAUUGUGGAAUGUCAUGGGAAUACACUUUUACCCCAGUUUCUUGGCAUGUAUAGGCUUACCGUAGAUGGUGUGGAAACCUACAUGGUAGUUACAAGGAAUGUAUUUAGUCACCGGUUGACAGUGCAUCGGAAAUAUGAUCUCAAGGGCUCAACAGUAGCAAGAGAAGCCAGUGACAAAGAAAAGGCGAAGGAUCUACCAACCUUUAAAGACAACGAUUUUCUAAAUGAAGGCCAAAAGCUCCAUGUUGGAGAGGAAUGUAAAAAAAAUUUCCUGGAGAAAUUGAAGCGAGAUGUUGAGUUUCUUGCACAACUGAAAAUCAUGGAUUACAGCUUGCUGGUUGGAAUUCAUGAUGUUGAUCGAGCUGAGCAAGAAGAGAUGGAAGUUGAGAACCGGACAGAAGAUGAAGAAUGUGAGAAUGAUGGCAUAGGUGGGAAUCCAAUUGGUUCCUAUGGGACUCCACCUGACAGUCCUGGUAACCUUCUCAACUUCCCACGUUUCUUUGGGCCUGGAGAGUUUGAUCCAUCUGUGGAUGUCUAUGCUAUGAAAAGCCAUGAAAGUGCCCCUAAGAAGGAAGUAUAUUUCAUGGCAAUUAUAGAUAUCCUUACACCUUAUGACACAAAGAAAAAAGCAGCACAUGCUGCCAAAACGGUGAAACAUGGGGCUGGAGCAGAAAUUUCCACUGUCAAUCCCGAACAGUAUUCAAAACGCUUCAAUGAAUUUAUGUCCAAUAUCCUGACAUAGUUAUCUUCCUGUUGUUGACAGAAAAGGAGGGAGAAGAAUAGUAGAGGGUGGGGGGGAGUAGUGUUUUCAGUUCUACAGGAAUGCAGCCCAGUCUGCUGGAUAUGGUAUUCUGUGAGUGUGUGAGGACAGUCUGACCUAGCAGAAAACUAACCUCUAGAUGUGGGCCUCAAACCUGGUGGAAAAUGAGACUAUUACUCUCUUCUAUUUUGGUUGCUAAUAUAAAUAUCCAAACAUAAACCUGGGGAAUAAAGUAGUGUUAAGAUUUGCACUUUUCUUUGAAAAGCAUCAGUUUCCAAGUGGUCAGAUGUUAAUGUGAACACAUAACAGAAGAUAUAAAUGAUGGUUUCCUUCUAUUGAACUAUGGCUGUUCUCUCAGAGCAAAUUCUCUUUGUUGCUUUCUCUAAGGAUUGGACAAGUGAUGCCCUGUCAUUUCAAGGACAAGAACUGCUAUAACAAUUAAGGAAAGCCAUUUUAAGUUAGUUGAACAAAGACUUUUUACUUCCAGUCUUUUGAUAUCCCACUUUCAUUUUGCAUUGUUAUUUCAAAAAAAGUGAGAAUAUGAGGAAAUUAGAUGACUGCUUAAAUUUUUAUGCAAUCAAGGGGGAAAAAAAACAGUUCCAGAAGAAUCCACAUUUCUAAUGAAAUACGAUACAAUUUCUUGGUGGAGAGCAUGAAGAGGUGAGAUAACUUCAUGGAAAUAAUACUUUGAUAAGCUGCAGACACAUUUGUACUGAGUUGGAUUACAACUUGGAUUAAGUUAUCUUUAAUAAUGAUCUACCAGAGCUAAAUUAUUCAUGGUUCAAACUUUUAUACCUUGAUCUGGUUGUAAAUGGUGUAAAAUGAUAUUUUCCUGUUUAAAAAAAGGUACCACUUCUUUGUAACAUCUUAUGCUGUGAACCAUUGUGUUAGAAAUAUUAGCUUUUGAUCAUUCCAUUUGGGAAGAAUCUAGUUUCAGAAUAUAGGGAAAAUGUAAUAAAUUGUUGAAGGUGACUGCUUUUAACCACUAGGACAGAUUGUCCUGCUAAUCCAGAUUUUUGGAAUAAGUUGCACUAGUUCAGUUUUUUUUAAAAGAAUCCAAACUCUUCUUGCAUCAUUUGAAUUACAACUUUUUCUUGUAAUCUACAGACUGAUGUUGGAUUUCACAACUGUACUUGUCAAAACUGAAGAUUUUGACUUCAUUUAUUCCAUUUUUUCAAUAUUCUUAUGAGGAUGGAUUGUUUAUAGAUUUUUUUAAAAAGAGGGAUAUGGCAAAUUAUGAACCACCAACUUGCAAUCAAGACCCUUUGCUUACUCUUUCUGAAUGUGUUUCUUACACAUGCUUUUUUUUGUAUGUGAUUGUUGGGGUGUUAAUGUCCUGUGCCUUCUGCUUUGUGGAUUUUGUCUUUUUUGGAAGUAAGGUAAAUAUUUUUUUUCUUUCUUUGUUGCCCUCAAGUAUGUGUAUUCUUUUGGAUGAGAUUUUUCACAUUUAUAAAUAACAACAACAAAAUGCAUAAUGCAUUCCAUGAUUCCAAAGUCAUAUUUACAGGGCUUAAAAAUCAUGGAAUAUGCUGUACAUACCAUAAGAUUUUUUAAGGCAUAAAUUACAAAUUACAAAUUUGGACGAUUUUUUCACCUACAUUUCAAAGCAGAUUUCUUUUAUUAGAAGCGACAAUGUUUUAUCUUUCCCAAUUGGUUUUAUCAUAAAAUUAAUGUGAAUUUAGGAACUUAUUUCAAAAGGCAGGCAUGGAUAUGGAUAUGUUGAUAGGUUGUAAAUUUUUUGGAAACUCAAAUGGUGCACUUAAAAGUUCAAUGUAAAAUAGAAAAUUUGGUCUACCCCUGCCUUAACUGGGAAUUUCAUUUUUAGCUCCUUUUGUUUAAAUUUUAAUUAAAAUUGGUAAACAUUAACUUAAAAUGCUGUUUUUUACAAUUUUUACAAAUAUUUGCCAGCUUUAAUCUAUUUAGGAGUUAGUCAGUGUACAGUUUUAAAAAACUAUGAAAAGAUGUGUUACCUGGUUGAUUCAUUUAUAGAAGACACUUGAAACAACCAAUAAUGGGCACUCAGGCAGAAAGAACAAACUCUCAGUCUUCGCCUCCUCUUACUUUCUCUUCUCAGUCUUCUCUGGCCUUUGCUUCUCUUGUCUGUAUCUGUGCUCUCUCCAGUCCCGCAAUCCAUUUCCAGAAGUUUUUCUUUUUAACACCUUUAAUAUCCUGUUCUUUUAUCUGUUAUCUUCAACUGCCUUCAUAUCCUGACAAAAGCCACCCAACCAUCUAUUGAUUCUAUUCCAUGUUCAUUGUUUCAAGUCCUCUUUGAUGUAUAUACAUUGUGCUUAGAUGUUGAAUUUGAGUUUUACUCAGAUAUCUCUCAAGAGGAUUCGAAAUAUAUCCCUAAACUCAGCUUUAGUUCCCUGUUUGAUUUUUGUAUUCUGUCAUACAUGCCAUUGAGUUGUUAGUCCUUACAUUUUACCCAGUGUUGUGAUUCAAUUUUUUUUACUACCGGUUCUGUGGGUAUGACUUGGUGGGCGUGGCUUGGUGGACAUGGCAGGGGAAGGUUACUGCAAAAUCCCAUUCCCUCCCCACCCCACU